AUGCUCCUAGCUCUCUGUCUCGAGCCGAGAAAGAGUCUUCUCGAGAGACACUUCAACGAUAUUAGAUCCGAUGACGAUUUUGAGGACAACGAAAGUGACAACGGCAGCAACGAGGUCGACAAUGGCAGUAACGCGGGCAAUAACGACAACGAUGGUGAUGACGAGAUUGUCGACGAGAGUGGUGUCUCCGGUGGUGCCAUCGAUCCCAAUCGGCCUUCUCGUACCGAGUCUGCUUCAGAGAAGUCCUUCAUGAAGGCCAUUGGUACGAGCUUAGUGAAGCUUCUCAAUAAAGCGGCCAGUGGCAAGUCCUCAUCGGGUAAUAAAUGGCACUGGCCUACCCUUCACAAGCGCCUCGAGAAAGUUGACAUGGAUUCUAUGGAUCGAUUGCUUAUUCGCCAAUGUGCUCUCGGCGAGGUGGACAAGGAUCCUUCCACUCUCUUCAACAAGGACAUAUGGUUCUUCGCCGUCGUUGGUGACGACAGGUCUUUCGGGGGCUUCAUCCAGGCACUUAUGUCGUGGUUGUGGGUAGCUCUGCUACAGGGUGCCGCCUUCGGCGACGUGUAUAGCCACGUCAUGCAUUGCAUCAGUGCUGCUGGCUUCAAAUCGCCCUUGACCGGGAGGAAUGCUGGUACUGUGGUCGCUAUACAGUACGACGAGCAGAUGCGUAAGGAUGCCGGGUGUGCUAUGGCUAUGAGCUCUCUUUCGAUAAGGGAAGCCUGUUCUAGCUUGUCCCGCCUCGAUUCCAAUAGGCUGAUACUACUUAUCGGUAAGGCCUCUGAUAACCACAAUAAGUCAUCUUAUAACAACAAAUCGUCCUACAAUAACUCUAGAGGUGGAGCUCACCGUUACGGUGGGAAGAAGAGACCCUUCACUGAUGAGGGCGAGGAGCUUUGGAAAAAGGUUAACGGCAAAUGGGUCAAGGUUCAAGGCUCGUCGGCUAGUGGCUCUAAGGAGGCCAAAUCUGGCGAUGUAAGCUGA